CCAAAAGUUGCAUACCGAUAUUUAUGUCAAGUCUUUAUAUCUAUUCACUAAUUAUCUUCACCUUUCAAAAAAUUGCUGGUUUGUUUGAUGGCUAGUUAUCGAGCUAACGCGAGAGGAAGUUAGCUUGCUUACGUCAACGUUAGCUUUGCUAGUUCAGCCAGUGUCAGUUUCGUUUUUGUAAAUUUAUGCUAUUUAUAACUUUUUGGUAUUUCGAUGGUCUACCAUAUCUAUCUAUGUCAUUUUUAUCACUUGCAUGAGCAACCCUUUCAGGCCUAUGGGUUGGCUCCAUGUCAGAACUAACUAACGUUCAGCCAGCAUUUGCCAGUGACGUUAGCUAGAUCUGCAUGACGGUUCGGGCUAGGCCUGCUGGUUAUCGCCAGCAUGUCACACAUUUACAUUUAAGUCAUUUAGCAGACGCUCUUAAGGAAUCAGCUAAAGUCAAGAUAGGUCCCGCCCCCAAGUUUCCUGAUAUUAAAUCCAUAUUCCCCUAGAUUGCUUCUUUGAUCCCUCAUCUCUUCACUGGCAACUUUCUUUACAGAGAUUUGAUACGUUUACGUUCCAGCAUGUCUCACAACUACUCCUACAGACGACCACCACCAGCUAAAGAUCUAGGAGCCAGCGCAUUCGACUCUCCAGAUCACCUGCACCCUGGAGACCACAGUCACAAUGUUUACAGAUCGUCCCAGGAGGCUCCGUCUCAUUCCACAAUACCAUCCUACCCAUCCUCCUCAUCCAGAGCCUCCGCUGCCACCGAGUCCCCUUACUCCUUCUCACUAAGCCAGUCAGACCCUUACUCCUCCCUAAGUCGGUCAGACCCUUACUCUUCCUCUCUAAGCCGGUCAGACCAAACUCUGACCCUCCUGAGCAGCUGUGGGCUUGAGCCCAAAGACUUGUCUCUACUAGCCGAGAUGCCUGAGGAGCUCAUCACUGUGGAGAACCUUCCACGUCUGCUCCUGGAGAUCAGAAAGAAGAGGGCGACACAGCAGCCACCAUAUCCAGCUAUGACCUCUUACCCCCCUGCUGCCACAUCUCGCCCCCCCACUGCUACCCCUCCUCCAGGCCAUGCGUGGGAGCAGCGUGACCAGAGUCAUUCUCAGCCAUUAGACUACCCCCACCCCGCUCUUCCGCCUAACCAAAUCCUUCCCACAGAACAGGCUGAGCCCUGGCAACUAGAUCGUCAUGGCAACCCGAUGCAGUACACACGCUCUCGCCUAGAACCUGUGCCUGUCCGAGUUGUGGACUACCACUAUGGUAAAGAAACUCCCAGAAGUUACCAAACUCCUAGGUCCACUUACAACACGGCCCAAGGAGGCAGCAGCAACACCUGGAAAUCCCCCAACUCAUCCCAACCAGCAGUAGAUUACAGGUACCCACCAUCUACAGACUACAGACCACGCCCAGACAAAGAUGUCCCAGUUGUCCCAAUCAUGAUGGCCACCUCUGGCAAAACUCCCACCAAGAAGGCUGCUCUUGACUUCCACGGAGAAAUCCCCCAAACGUUUCCUUAUUCGUGCUCUCUCUGCGAUAUUACUGUGCUCUCUGAAAAGUUCUGGUUCGCACACGUCAAUGGAACUCAACAUGCAGACGGACAGCUCGCACUUCUUCAAAUGUAUCCUGAAUGGGAUUGCCGGAUGCAGACCGCCAGAAGUGGUGACAACCACACAGACAGACCAAGGGUUGAAGAGAAGACUGCUGGACCUUCCCAUAGGUCUAUUAACUACUUAGGUAAACCGUCAAGUAGCGGCUCUAGAAAAAACGUAGACACUAAGACAAAGGUUACAAAGGGGAGUGGUAAAGUGGUUUGUGCCAAAUUUACCGCUCGGUGUCUCAACGAAGAUGGUUUGAAGGACCUGAUUAAUCCGUUUGGGGAAGUUGUGAAAGUCAUCAUGUUCCCCACUUUGCUUCAGGCGUUUGUGGAGAUGGGCUCAACUGACCAGGCCGCCGAUAUUGUGACAUACUACCUCAGUAACCCAGUGAUGGUGAAAGGAGGACGAGUCACCUUCUCUGUCUCGUCAACAUUUAAUUUCCUACAGAGUUCCCGGGUGUUGAGUUUUUCCCCGGUGCCUCCUGGUAAAGAGUCCGCCGCGUGGAAGAGAGAGUUACUGGCCGUCGCUGAAGGAUUUGGACCUGUGAAGCACUCUCUAUUCUUACCUACGCAGGCAUUUGUGGAAAUGACUAAUGCACUGGAUGCACAGAAGCUGGUUGGACACCAUACAUCCAAACACCUGAAAAUAGAUGAGAUGCAUAUUAAAGUGGCCUUCUCAUCAGAGUAUAAUACACUUCGGACCAUGUCUGAGAGGAAGUCUUCAGACAGGAAGUCUUCAGACAGGAGCAGGAAGUCUGAAGACAGAUCGAAGAGAAAGAGAACCCCAAGCCCCAGAAGGCGGUCCCUCAGCCCCAGGAGAGAUUCCCCAAUCUCCUCAAAGAGGAGGAGGAGGAGUAGAGAGAGGGAUAGCGACCGUCACAAAGAACGGGCGAAAUCAAACUGUGGGGGUAAAAACAGGCCAAAGUCCCCCAGCAAACAGAGCUCCAGUCGGUCCCCCAGAAGCCUUCGCUCCCAUACUAAAGAGCGGGUGUCCAGUGAGAAGGUAUCCCCCAUUUCCUCAUCCACUCGCUCACAACCUCCCACCAAGAAUAAGACCCCAUCCCAGUCCUCCACUGUGAUGGAGAAGUCCAAAAAGGCUGUCGACACGAUUGACCAGAGCAAGCAAGAAACUGCGACCCACGACAGCCAGGAGGAUGGAGCCAUGGAGGCCUGUGAUAUGGACAGUGACAUCGAGGGGAUGGCCGUGUAUGGGGAGGAUGGGGAGGAGAACUCUGACAUGGGAGAGGUGGGGGAGGGAGAGGAACGAGAGGAACUGCAGGAGAGUGCUGAGGACUUAAUCCAGGAGUUUAAAGACCUAUGUGAGCCCAGGCAGAAAGCAACUUCUGGGACUGUAGAUGAUGCUCCUACAGAAGAGCUCUCAGCUACCGGGUCAGAACAGGGGAAAGAGCUCUCAGCUCCCGUGUCAGAACAGGGGAAAGAGCUCUCAGCUUCCAGGUCAGAACAGGGGAAAGAGCUCUCAGCGACCGGGUCAGAACAGGGGAAAGAGCUCUCAGCGACCGGGUCAGAACAGGGGAAAGAGCUCUCAGCGACCGGGUCAGAACAGGGAAAGAGUCAGACCGGGGGAAAGAGAGCUCAGAACAGGGGAAAGAGCUCAGCGACCGGGUCAGAACAGGGGAAAGAGCUCUCAGCGACCGGGUCAGAACAGGGGAAAGAGCUCUCAGCGACCGGGUCAGAACAGGGGAAAGAGCUCUCAGCGACCGGGUCAGAACAGGGGAAAGAGCUCUCAGCGACCGGGUCAGAACAGGGGAAAGAGCUCUCAGCGACCGGGUCAGAACAGGGGAAAGAGCUCUCAGCGACCGGGUCAGAACAGGGGAAAGAGCUCUCAGCGACCGGGUCAGAACAGGGCAAAGAGCUCUCAGCUACCGGGUCAGAACAGGGGAAAGAGUUCUCAGCUACCGGGUCAGAACAGGGGAAAGAGAUGGAUGGUGAAGACCAGAAAGGAGAUAUUUCAUACGUUGAUGAUGAGCCUGAUUUCCCAGAGGACCUUGAGAAUCUUAUUACGUUGGAUGAGCUGGAGGAGGAUUCCUCGGUUGAUAACCAAGAUAACCAGUCAACAGAUGAGAUCAAGAGCAGAUCCAAGAGCAAACCCUCAGGACGUGAUCAGACACCUGGUAGAGUGAUCUACGUCAAAAACCUUCCCAGAGGCUUCUAUACAGAUAGUGACUUCCUGAAGAUUUUUAAAGGCUUCGGGAGAGUGCAUCGCUAUUUCCUCCUUCGCAAUGGUGAAGAGGGCUUCAUUGAGAUGGAGAGGUCUUCUGAUGUGACAAAGGCUUUAAGAGAGCUGCGUUAUGAUGAAUGUAAAUUAUACGGCCAGAGGUUGAUCGUCCUGCGGUCUCAGAAAUACAAGAGACUAACAACAGGGUGGAAACCUGAAUCUGAUUCUAAAAGUGAUCGGAAGAAGGAUCACAUGAGUACUAGAAGCAGUAGCAGGAUAAGGAGUGGACGGACCAGCAGUCACUCAAAGUCAGCGGCUAAGGACGACGAGACAAAAGAGAAGGACAAGGAGACAAAAGAGAAGACGGCACGACAAGUAUGCUCCGAGCCAGCCCAACACUGUGACAAGGAGGACAGAGAAGCGUCUGAAGGGGAUAUUGACCAAUCCUCCAACGGUGAAGAACAAAAGGAUGCCCCUGUCCCUGCUGCUGAGGAAGAGAAGAAGGCCUGUAGCAACGAGGAUAAUGCAGAAACCAAGAUGGAGGAUAAUGUGGAAACGAGACCAGAUUCCAUAAAGACUGGUAUGGAGUCAUCGUUCCAGGCCAACAACCCAGUGGGAAGAGAAUUCAUUAAACCUGUCAUUGGCUACUUCUGCGACCUGUGUCAAGUCAUCUAUGUCAAUGAGGACGAAGCUAGGAACCAACACUGCAGCAGCCUCUGUCACUAUCUGAAGUUUAUGGAACAUUCAGGUGAAGACACAGCCUCUAGCUAAAAGAUGUCCAUCUCUGGAGGAAGUUGACAAGAUGACAGUUUUAGGCCCAAUUUAACAGGAAGUGUUCCGGAGGAGAGGGGAGAAUCUGGAUUUUUCUUUAUAUUGCACUCAAGAAGAACGGCACAGGUUUACCUCAUCCAUGAGAGGCUCUUUGUGAAACUCAUCCUAGAACAAUAAAUGAGAUUGCAGAUUCCGUUAAUCUGUAUUGGUUUAUAUGAACAAAUGUUCAGCACCUACCUAUAUAUAUAUAUAUAUUGUUAUGUUUGUGUUAAAAUAGCUCAGAUCUACUUUCUGUAAUGUGAAUUGUUUGUUCGGUUUUCCUAUGUAAUUUGUUUUCAAGAUUUGUGUUAAAUUGAACUUCAUUCUCUAAAAGAUUGUUAAUAAACAUGCUUAAUUAUUGCA